AUGCUGGUCGACAAUGGCAGAGACCACGGCUACGAUACUAGCACCAACCUUCAUCACCAACCCGCCCCAAGCGAGCCCGCUCGCCGUCCUAAACCUCACCACCCGCGCCCGUACGGUCUCGACUGGUACCAGGACACAGCAUGGGGUCUCCUAAUCAACAAGCUCACCAAGGGCAAAGUCCUACCCUGGCCGGAGCAGCGUGAUGAUUUUGUGCCCCCCGAAGAGUACUUGCCGGGCUACAAAACGCGACAGGCCACGAGCAAUGCCAGGACCGCAUCGCACGAUUCGCCCGUUUCCGGUACCGACUCCCCGUCCUCCGCUGCCUCGGACCGAACCCACGUCGGCAAUAACACUUCCAGCAAGCAGAAGCCCGGGCAAACAGCGAUGGUCGAAGCCGGGUCCGCUCCACGGUCUCCAGAGCGACAGUCGUCGUCUGGGCACACUGGGGAGGAGAAGAACUUUGAGACCGCCCCGGACUCGCUCGAAGACGAUACGGACCCGUACUUGAUCGAUUGGAACGGCGAGUCGGACCCGGACAACCCGCUCAACUGGUCGAAAGGACGCAAGGCCUUUGUGACGGCCAUGCUGUGCUUGCUGACCUUCUCGGUCUACAUGGGUUCGGCGAUCUACACCCCAGGCGUGGAGCUCUUCGCGAGCUACUUUGGCAUCGGCACCGUCCCCGCUACACUCGGCCUCACGCUCUUUGUGCUCGGCUACGGCCUGGGCCCCAUGAUCGGGUUUUCCUCCGCCUCGGAGAUCCCGGCCAUCGGACGGUCCGUACCGUAUCUGUUUACACUGUUCAUCUUUGUGAUCCUGCAGAUCCCCACGGCGCUCGCAUCGAACAUCGCAGGGUUUAUGAUUUUGCGCUUUUUGGCGGGACUGUUCGGCUCGCCGCCGCUGGCAACGGGUGGUGCGAGCAUCGGCGACCUGUACGGUCCGCGCAACCGCCCGUUGGCGUUGGGUGUGUGGGGACUGUCUGCGGUAUGCGGUCCUGUGCUGGGCCCUCUGAUCGGCGGAUUUGCCGCCCAGAGCUUUGGCGAGCAGGGUUGGAGGUGGACCAUCUGGCCGCUAUUGAUGCUAUCCGGCUUCACGCUGGUGGUGCUGAUUGCGACGCUACCCGAGACGUCCAGCAGUAAUAUUCUGUACAGGAGGGCGCAGAGGUUGAGGAAGGUCACGGGUAACCCGAACUUGAGGACUAAGGGCGAGAUCUUCUCGGCGCAUUCGACGGGCAAAGAAUUGGCUUUGAUGACGUUUGUCAGGCCGUUUUUGCUGUCGUUCACUCAGCCCAUUGUGCUCGGGAUCAACUUUCACAUUGGCCUAGUGUAUGGUAUUCUCUAUCUCUGGUUCGAAUGCUUCCCCAUCGUCUUCGUCCAGACUUACGGCUUCAAUCCGGGCGAACUCGGACUCGCCUUUAUGGGCAUCUUUGUCGGCGCGAUCUUGAUCUACAUUCCCUUUUUCCUGUGGCACAAGUACUCGUACGGCCCGCUUUACGACCGCACGGGGGGUAAGGUUGCGCCCGAGAAGUGGCUUGAGCCGGCCAUCCUGGGCGCGUGGGCGAUUCCGAUCUGCAUGUUUGGGUUCGGCUGGACAGCCAACGCAUCGAUCCACUGGAUCGUGCCCAUCAUCCUUUCGUCGUUCUUCUCCAUCGGGACAUUCCUGCUCUUCCAGUCGGGGCUGGCGUACUUGGGCGACUGCUACCCCGAGUACAUUGCCAGCGUCUAUGCGGGCAACGACUUCUUCAGGGCGUCCAUCGGCGCCGCCCUGCCCCUCGUCGCACGCGCCAUGUUCAACAACCUCCAGGCCAACGGCCCCAAGGAGUUCCCCGUCGCUUGGGGAUGCACCUUGAUCGGCUGCAUCUCGAUUCUCAUGGGCCCAAUCCCCCUCUUGCUCUACAAAUUCGGCCCCAAGCUCCGCAAGAUGUCCAAGUACGCCGCAGACCCCAGCGGCCGCAACCAGUCGUCCCAAAAUGAAAAGCAAAACAACAGCAACGACGACGACAACUGA